UCGGGGCCCGUUCAGCGCCGCUCGCCGCGCCAUCCAAGCCGCAAAGCCCGAUCUUGGUAACGGAAAAGAGGCCAUCGAAAACCUUGCCGCCGCCGCCGCCGCCGAUGCUCCCCGCCAUGCGAUCCGGUGCCCUGGGCCGGUGGCGCUCGCCGAAGCACCUCCUCCCGCGCCUCCUCUCCUCCUCCGCCGCCUCGCCCGCGCGGCCGCAGCCGGCGGCGCUGCUGGAGCUCCCGGAGGUGGAGAAGGUGCUGCGUGACGUCCGGGCGGGCGACGUGCGCGUCUUCCCCGUCGGCGAGGGCGGGCUGCACGGCGGCGCAUGCGCCGACUACAUGGUCGUCGCCACAGGCCGCUCCGACUGGCACGUCCGCAACAUCGCGCAGGCGCUCCUGUACAAGAUAAAGCAGAAGCAGAAGGGCUCUGAUAGAAAAUUGAUGCCAAGUGUGGAAGGCCAGCAAGGUGGAAAGUGGGUUGUCAUUGAUUCAGGAAGCAUAAUCAUCCAUGCACUUGAAGAAAGGGCAAGAGCGUAUUAUGAUUUAGAAAGCAUUUGGUCAAAAGAGGUGUCUCCUAAUACUUCUGUUCAGGAGUUGGAGACCUCGCUAGUGAAGACACGCCGGAGGAACCUGUCGCAGAAACACAUGAAGAGCAUCUGAACUCGAUGAUCUGGUACCAUGAUCCGUGAUACCGUGAGAUCGAUUUCCUUUUUCUCCUUUUGGGACAUCCUUUAGUUUCCAAAACUCCUCCGCUUACUUCGGGGUUAUCUGUAAUGGACUAAAGUCGCUCUGAUGUAAAAGAACUUUACACAUGGUAUUGCGACCGACGAACCAGUGUCUGUCAGUUCAUUGCAUCCUUAUGAUACACUGAUACCUCCACUUUCGUGCAAGUAGCAAGUUACAA